CCAAGUUGUCUUUCUUGCAAUUUAAAAACAAAAUGGCCGUGGACAGGUGCGUCCAGGUAGACUAAUAGUAAUAAUAAUUUGCUGCUGAAUUUCUUUGAUUUCAAUACAAUGGAGUUGAAAGUUCUUUACGCAAUAACUUUGUUAUUUUUUGGUUACCCUCUCUCCGCAGCUUUAAUGUGUUCCCAGUGUUAUUCAAUGACAGUAAGAAAUCAAAGUAACAUGGACCCCUUGUUCAAUUCUGUGGCACCGAGUCUCUUUAGUCCCCAGUGUGGGGCGGCCUACCACAGUGCAAUUUCCACCACACCGCAGCCAAUGGUCGUCUCAAACCAGCAGCCAGUCCUGCCGACCACUUGUCAAAUCACUGCAGUGGCGGGAACUAACACUGAGAUUCGAUGUGGUUUUUACAAAGGUUUUAUUGAUGUUACCACCCAUAAUGGAGAGGGUAAAGCAUCGUUAAGUGUUUUUUCGAUGACCUGCUUCAAUGUGGAUGUAAAUGUAGAAUGGCCUUGUAAGGUUAGAGAGUUCCCAGUGCCUGGAGAUACUCGUCACUUUGAUCUCAUCUUACAGAACAAAUUUAGAAAUUUACUGAAACUGACCAGAUUUGUUGGCAGUGUGUGCUACUGUCAUCGAGCAGAUUGUACCGACGCAAUUAAUGGCAGCUCCGCAACAAUUCCAUCAAUUGCUUUCACCUUGCUAUUGAGUUUUCUAGUUCUCUUUAGGAAAUUUUAUAUUUGAUUUUGAUUUUUUUUCACACUUUCAUUGAAAAAAUAUGUUGACUUUUUUUUUUAAUUAAAAAAUGCUUUUAUUGCAAACUUCAAAUUUUAAAAGUUUACUUUUUAUCAUUUAUUAAUUACAUUGUGUCACAAUCAUGAGUGACCAAAAGCUGCAAGUACAUGUACUUUUCCCUUCUGAGUAAUUACCUAAUAACUUGUACAUGUAUUCUUAAUUAUACCCCAUAACUUGUAUUCUUAAUUACCAAUAACUUGUAUAAAAUACAGAAUGAUGCUGGUGAUGCUGGAAAGAAUUAUAUGUAAGAAGUGGGUUAAACAAUUCUACAAAAUAUUUGACAGAAUGUUGAAUUUUUUUUCCGUAUUUGGGCAUUUACAUUGUAAUCUCAAGAGUUUGUAUUGUGUGGUAGUCAAUAUCAAGGAUAUUUUAUUACUACUAUCAGAGGAAGACUUUAAGAUAUAUGGUAUGGUUUUUGAGUACACCUUGUGUAAUUUUAUACAUACAUGUAUAUAAUUUUUAGCUCACCUGAGCUGAAAGCUCAAGUGAGCUUUUCUGAUCACAUUUUGUCUGUACUCCUUUUGUCUGUAUGUCCGCCCAUCUGUAAACUUUUCACAUUUCCAACUUCUUCUCCAGAACCACUAGGCCAAUUUUAACAAAACUUGCCACAAAGCACCCUUGGGUGAAGGGGAUUCAAGUUUGUUCAAAUGAAGGGCCACACCCUCAUUCAAGGGGAGAUAAUUCAGAAAUAGUGAAAAUUUGGCGGCAAAUUUUAAAAAUCUUCUUCUCCAGAACCAGUGGCCCAAAAACGUUGAAACUUAUAGGAAACCUUUGUUAUAUAGUGUAGAUUCAAGUUUGUUCAAAUCAUGACCCCUGGGUAGGGUGGGGCCACAAUGGGGGAUCAAAGUUUUGCAUAGAAAUAUAUAGGAAAAAAUCUUUAAAAAUCUUCUUCUCAAGAACAGCAAAACAUUGUUUAGUCAUAUUGAUAUGUAAGCAUCCUCAGAUAGUGUAGAUUUAAGUUUGUUCAAAUCAUGCCCCCGGGGGCUAGGGUGGGGCCACAAGGGGGGUUCAAAGUUUUACAAAGGAAUAUAUAGGAAAAAACUUUAAAAAUCUUCUUCUCAAGAAAAGCAAAGCCUUGUUUAGUCAUAUUGAUAUGUAAGGAUCCUCAGGUAGUAAAGUUUCAAAUUUGUUCAAAUCAUGACCCCGGGGGUAGGGUGGGGUCAUAAUGGGGGAUCUAAGUUUUACAUAGGAAUAUAAAGGAUAAAAUCUUUGUCUCAAGAACAGCAAAGCCAUGUUUAGUCAUAUUGAUAUGGAAGCAUCAUCGGUUAGUGUAGAUUAAAUUUUGUUCCACUGAUUACCCCUGGGGGUAGGUAGGGGCCACAAUCGGGUAUCAAAUUUUAACAAAGGAAUAUAUAGGAAAAAAAAUCUUUAAAAAUCUUCUACUCAAGAACAGCAAAGCCAUUUGUUAUAUUGAUAUGGAAGCAUCCUCAGGUAGUUUAAAAUUCAAGCCCCCCCCCCCCCCCUUUAAACUUUUCAAUACUGAAUUGAUUUGUGCUUUUUCUUAGCCAUUGUGUUCUGGUGAGCGAUGUGGCCUAUGGGCCUCUUGUUAGCAUUUGUAUGUGCCAUGUAUUAGUAAAAUAUUGGACAUUCUUCUUAAUGUUUCCUACCUUGUUCUUGGUGAAUACUCGGUAAUUUAAUAUUUUAUGCAGUUUUACAAUGUCAUUCUUUUAUUUUUAUCAGAGUUAUAUCAAUUUUACAAGUCGUUACCUUAUGAAUCUUAUCAAAUCGUAUUAUGCAAAUGUUUUGAUUACAUUAUUAUACCUUGACUAUACCUUGACUCAGAAUAAAAAUGUUUUAAGAUA